AUGGAUUAUGCGGAUCCAAAGAAGAAGAGCAAUUUGGUAGGAAAAAUACUUUUGGCUGCAGCCCUUACAGCAUUAUGCAUUCUUGUCCUCAAGCAUUCCUCAACUUUCAAUACCCCUAGCGCAUUCUCUCGUCAUGAAGCAGGUGUUACUCAUGUGUUGGUAACAGGAGGUGCUGGCUAUAUUGGCUCUCAUGCUGCACUACGACUUCUAAGGGACUCACACCGUGUAACCAUAGUGGACAACCUCUCACGUGGAAAUCUAGGUGCUGUCAAAGUUCUACAAGAACUAUUUCCAGAACCUGGAAGGCUUCAGUUUAUUUAUUCGGAUUUGGGUGAUGCGAAAGCUGUGAACAAAAUAUUUUCAGAAAAUGCAUUUGAUGCUGUGAUGCAUUUUGCAGCUGUAGCAUAUGUUGGAGAGAGCACCCUUGAUCCCUUGAAGUAUUAUCACAAUAUUACAUCGAAUACUCUCGUAGUAUUGGAGGCCAUGGCCGCACAUAAUGUGAAGACUUUGAUAUAUUCAAGUACAUGUGCAACAUACGGGGAGCCUGAAAAGAUGCCCAUUACAGAAGAAACCCCACAGCUACCAAUUAAUCCUUAUGGAAAAGCCAAGAAGAUGGCGGAAGAUAUCAUUCUCGACUUUCACAAAAACUCAGACAUGGCUGUGAUGAUUUUAAGGUACUUCAAUGUGAUUGGUUCAGAUCCAGAUGGAAGAUUAGGAGAAGCUCCUAGACCAGAAUUACGUGAACAUGGACGUAUAUCAGGUGCUUGUUUUGAUGCAGCUCGUGGAAUUAUUCCUGGGCUUAAGGUUAGAGGAACAGACUACAAAACUGCAGAUGGCACUUGCAUACGGGACUAUAUUGAUGUUACUGAUCUGGUCGAUGCUCACGUCAAAGCUCUUGAGAAGGCCAAGGCUGGGCAAGUUGGAAUCUACAAUGUUGGGACUGGAAAAGGUAGAUCAGUAAAAGAGUUUGUGGAAGCAUGUAAGAAGGCGACGGGGAAAAAUAUCAAAGUUGACUUCCUUCCACGCCGUCCUGGUGACUAUGCAGAAGUGUACAGUGACCCGACUAAGAUCUGGCGUGAGCUAAACUGGACAGCACAAUACACCAAUCUUCAAGACAGUUUGCAGACUGCGUGGAGAUGGCAGAAGUCGCACUUUAACGGGUAUGGACCGCCUCUGCCAAUGGCUGUUUAG